AUGAAAAUCCUAUGUUGGUUUCUCCAUUCAUAUUCAAUCAUUACACAAACAAACAACCAAGCAAAAAACAAAGAAAUGAAUUCCUUUACAUACACUUCUAUUCAAAAGCAAAAAAGGCUCUUAACACUAGUGGAACAAAAAUUAUCUAAAUGUGCCAAACAAGGUGAAACUAAAGGUUACAACUUAAGAGAAAUGGUAGGACAUGCCAAUUUAUUGGAUCAAUUAUUAGAUAAUAUUCAAAAUUUUGAAAAUUUUGAAAAUCAUCAAAGACAACAUUCGUACUACUAUAACAAUAAAAAUAAUGAUAUGAUGGGACCAUUACCUCGUAUAACUAAUUAUGCAGAUCCACCUAUAUCACAAGAUGAUGAUUUUUUUAAUAAAAAUAAUGAAAAUAUGCUGAUACCAAGAAACUUAUCUGCACAGCCUCAAAAUUUCUAUGACAUAGAAAAGGAUGAUGAUAAUGAUUAUGAUAGUCAAGAACAAUAUCACUCAUAUCUAGGAGACACAUACGCCCAUACAACUACUAAUAGCAAGAGUUCCUAUUCAUUGGGUACGGGUACUGCUGAAGCAAUACAAAAAAUGAAUGAUAUGAUACCAAGAAGUUAUGUCGAUGAUAUUGGAAACAUGUCAAGUAACAGUAAAAAUAUGGGUAGGAAUAAUAUGAACUUGGAACCAAUGACAAAAUUACCAGAAUGUCCACCUCUACUAUCAUCUUCACCAUCAUCAGUAGUGCCCUGCUCUUCAGAUUUGGAAACCAUAUCGGAAGCUCCCCUCUCCGACGAAGAAUAUGAUAUAAAACCCAACAUAUAUGGCUUAACAUUUGCAUCGCUAUGUUCUAAAAGUAACGGGUAUCCGUCACAGUCCUCUCCAUCGUCCUCCUCGUCUUCUUCUUCCUCUAUUUGCGAUCGGAAAGAUUGCACUGCUCAUAUUAAACAAGGUAAUUUGCCCCAAUUGACCAACUAG